UCUAUCUGUCACUGCUCCGGAUGUAUCUCUCCCCACCUAGUGUUCAUUGCCUGGGACCAAUCAAGAUGGAAGUGCUGGAGCCUCAAGCCAAUCUGCAGGCUGCUUUGCAGGUUUUGGAACUACAUCACAGCAAGCUGGACACUACCAAGGCGAUAAACCUGCUCCCAGCAAACACACAGAUCAGUGAGAUUCGAAUCUUCCUAGAAAAAGUCCUUGAAGAAAAUGCUCAGAAGAAGAGAUUUAAUCAAGUACUUAAGAAUCUUCUCCAUGCAGAGUUUCUGAGGGUCCAGGAGGAGCGGAUCUUGCAUCAGCAAGUGAAGUGUAUUAUUACAGAGGAGAAGGUGUGCACUGUAUGUAAAAAGAAGAUAGGUAACAGUGCAUUUGCUCGAUACCCUAAUGCAAUAGUUGUGCAUUAUUUCUGCUCCAAAGAAGUCAACACAUUGGACACCUGAUCUUGUCAUGGUCAAUAAUCCCAACACUCAUAUGAAAUUCAGAACUGAUCACUUAGGAAGUUGAUGCCUCUGAGAUUUUUGAGGCUUGUUGCUGGGUUAGCUUAUACUGGAUAGAAGUCAUUUGUAUCUGUGGACUGACUGUACCUAUCUGGCAAUAUUGAUUUACUAGAAAUGACUUUAACCAUGUUAUUAAAGUGCUGGCAACUACACUGAACCUUUCAGUACUCAAAUGAAGAAUAGAAACUGAUUUUUGUAGGGAGUUUUGUAUUGCACUCCAAC